AUGGCGUAUGUCGCGCCAGUCCACAAGCCGACCAGCAUCAGGCACGCCCUGCGCAUCCGGUUCCUGUCGCCAGAUAUCGAGGAUUUGGUCGUUGCGAAAGCAAACCGACUGGAGAUAUGGCGAGUCACCGAGGAGGGCAUGACGUGCCUCCACACAAAAGUUAUCCAUGGCACCAUAGACAUGCUCCAGCGGCUGCAGCCCAAGGAUUCCGCCACAGACCUUCUGUUUAUUGGCACGGAUAGGCUACAAUACUUCAAUAUAGCUUGGAACCCCGAAACGAAUCAGCUAGAUGCCGUCGAGCAGACGAUACACGAUUCAGCAGAACCAUAUAUGCGGCAAUCGCAGAGCCAGAACAGAUGCCUCGUGGAUCCCACUGGCAAGUUCAUGGCCAUGCACCUUUGGGAGGGAGUGCUGAACGUCUUUCGCCUGCGGAUACGCAAGGGGUCGACCACGAAGCUUGAAGUGCUGGACCAGGUCCGGUUGACUGAGUUAUGGAUGAAGUCGAGCGUAUUCCUACACAGUCGGACCGGCCAUCCGAGAAUCGCGUUUCUCUACAAGAACCAGCUUGACCGCGAAGAAGCUCGGGUUGCUAUUUAUCGACUGACGGAUGACGAUAAGGGCGCCGCUUCGUCCAAGUUUGACCCAAAGCACAGAGAACUGGACGAGGUCAUUCGUGAUCCUUAUGCGUCCAUGCUCAUACCCGUUCCAGUUGUUGAGGAGAAGCGAUACCAUGUACGCAAUAACGAGGGAGCCAGGGCACAUCUGGGCGGCCUUCUUGUGGUCGGAGAGACGCUUCUUACAUAUUUUGAUAGCCUCACAUAUUCGAGCGUGGAAUCCGAACUUGAGGACCCCAAGAUAUAUGUUGCUUGGGCCGAGUAUGACGGGACGCAUUACUUCUUGGCUGACGACUACGGCCGUCUUGAUCUACUUGAGAUCAAAACUACUAAUGAAUCAACCGGUGUGGUGGUCACUGGCAUGGAAGUCCAUCCGAUAUCCUUUCCAGAUUCGAGCCGAUAUACAUCGAGAGCGUCUAGCUUGGUUUAUAUGGGAAACAAUCUCCUGUUUAUUGGUUCACACCAUGGCGACUCUCAGCUUUUACAUAUCGAUGUUGAAACCCAGCAGAUGGCUCUUGUCAAAGUUUUAUCCAACAACGCACCCAUCAUGGACUUUACCAUUAUGGAUCUGGGAAACAGAGAGGGGGACGCACAGUCUGGCAACAACUUUUCAUCAGGGCAGGCGAGAAUUGUGGCCGGCUGUGGUGCUUACCAGGACGGAAGCCUACGGAGUAUUCGUAGCGGUGUUGGCCUUGAAGACCGUGGUCUCUUGGAUGAAAUCCAGGGCACUAGGGGGCUAUUCACCUUGCGAUCAGUGGACUCGGAAAAGGCCGAUACCGUUGUCAUAUCCACGCUAACUGGAACUCGAGUUCUCCGAUUUGAGCCCGAUAACAUUGAGGAGCUUUAUUCCUUUCAGGGAAUGGAUCUCGAAUCGGAGACGCUCUUGGCUGCAAACCUGCCAAAUGGUCAGCUGCUGCAAAUAACACCUCGAGUUGUCAAUCUCUUGGAUCCUGACAGCGGGGCUUCUUUGGGCUCAUGGCAGUCACCCGAAGGCAAAGUGAUCACGGCGGCGUCUGCCAAUACCAAGUGGGCUUUGCUGUCUAUAGAUGGAUCGAUAUUGGUUUCCCUAAACCUUCUUGACGGCUUAAAGGCGGUUAUCCAAAACGCUUCACAAGAUUCAGUAUCCGGACAACCCGAUCAAAUAUCAUGCUUACAUGCGGCGCGCGAGCCUCAAGACUUUGGUGUGGUUGGCUGGUGGACUUCGGGAACGAUUUCAGUCGUAGAUUUGGCGACUUUGACACCACUCCACGGUGAGCCGCUGAGGCAGACAGACGACAGUUCUUCAGUCCCACGAGACGUAGCGCUCGUCCAGCUACACCCCCCUGACGUCUCGGGCCCAACCUUGUUGGUGGCAUUGGAAGAUGGAAACGUCAUUAGCUUCAAUGUCUCAGUUAAAGGCUUCUCGGUAUCUGGCAGGAAGACCGUCACACUGGGAAGCGGUCCGGCACGACUACACGUUCUACCCCGAGCGGACGGAAUCUGCAACGUGUUUGCGACUACUGAGCAUGCCAGCUUAAUCUACAGCUCAGAAGGGCGUGUUGUCUACUCAGCAACGACAGCUGAUGAUGCGACAUUCGUGGCUCCGUUCGACUCGGAAGCAUUCCCAGACUCUAUCGUAUUGUCAACGGAAGAUCAUAUCAGGAUCUGCCAAGUUGAUAACGAAAGGCUUACCCACGUCAAAGCACUUCCCAUGAGCGAGACCGUUCGUCGUGUAGCUUAUUCACCGGGCUUGAAGGCCUUUGGACUGGGUUGUAUACGAAAGGAGCUCGCUGACAACGAGGAGGUCAUUACGAGCACCAUCAAGCUAGUCGACGAGAUCAUCUUCCAGGAGCUAGGAAAACCAUUUGAGCUCAAUGCCUCCGCGUCACUGGAGCUGGUCGAGUGCAUAAUUCGGGCCGAAUUACCAGACAGUAACGGCGUCUUGGCCGAGAGAUUCUUGGUCGGCACGAGUUUUGUCGCAGACCCUGGCACAGAGGAAGCAGGAGAGACGAGAGGUAGAAUACUGGUCCUUGGUGUCGACGAGUCGCGGCAAUUGUACCAAAUCGCCUCCCAUAACUUGAAAGGAGUAUGCCGUUGCUUAGGCAUCAUGGAUGACUACAUUGUCGCCGGACUGACUAAGACGGUGGUUGUUUAUUCUUUCACCCAAGAGACGUCGACGGCUGCUAGUUUAAAGAAACUGGCGUCGUUCCGCCCGGCGUCAUUCCCAGUCGAUCUGGACAUCUCUGGUAACAUUAUCGGUAUUGGUGAUCUCAUGCAAUCCCUUACUCUUGUCGAAUUCACACCGGGUCAAGAUGGUAAGAAGGCAACGCUGGAAGAGAAGGCAAGGCACUAUCAACAAGCUUGGACUACGUCGGUCAGCGCACUGGACGAUUCUAGGUGGCUAGAAGCGGAUGCUCAGGGCAAUAUCAUUGUGCUCAGGCAAAAUCAAGAAGCACCUACAGAGCAAGAUCGCAGCCAGCUGGAGAUUAUAAGCGAACUCAACAUUGGGGAGCAGAUCAACCGGAUUCGAAAGAUUCAGGUUGCGCCUGCUGAAAAUGCCAUUGUGGUACCAAAAGCAUUUUUGGGCUCGAUUGAGGGAACUCUUUACCUCUACGGCGACAUUGCCCCCAAGUACCAGGAUCUGCUAAUGCAGUUCCAAUCAAGGCUACAAGAGUAUAUCCAUACGCCCGGAAAUCUGUCGUUUGACACUUGGCGGGCGUUUAGAAAUCAGGCUAGGGAGGGUGAAGCCCCUUUUCGAUUCGUGGACGGUGAGAUGAUUGAGAGGUUCUUGGACUUGGACGAGAAUCAGCAGGGGCUGAUGUGCGAAGGACUGGGACCAAGCGUCGAAGACAUGCGGAACCUGAUAGAGGAGCUCAGAAGGAUGCACUAA